AUGACCAUCGUAUGGGCUUGCGUAAUUGGUAUCUUCUUGCCUGGCAAUCCUGUCAAGGCAAAGUUCGUCAGCGAGCGACAAAAGGCAAUCGUAAUUGACAAGAUCCGGCAAGACCAGACGGGAGUGGAGAACAAAACGUUCAAGAAGGACCAGAUGAUUGAAGCGUUUCUCGACCCCAAGACGUGGCUGAUGUUCUUCUUCCACAUUUGGAUCAGUAUCCCGAACGGAGGUUUGACGAACUUCACGCCUCUUAUCAUCAAAGGUCUCGGCUACACGUCUCAGCGUUCGACCCUCCUCACAAUGCCUACGGGUAUCUUGCAGACUGUUGCGUCCUACGUUUGCAAUGGCGGAGUAUUUCUGACUGCGAAGUACUUUCCAGCAAAACAGCUGCGAACGGCAUGGGUCAUGUUUGGUAUCAUCGUCGGCAUGAUCUCAGCAGUCUUCUUGUACGUUCUGCCGCUGGACAACUACAAUGGGCGACUCGCAGCGUUGUACUGCUCAUACUUCUACCUUGGCCCCUACAUCGUCGCCCUCGGUAUCAACACGGCAAACACCGCAGGCCACACGAAGAAAGUUACCGUCAAUGCGCUCGUCUUUAUCGCAUACUGUAUCAGCAACAUCAUCGCGCCCCAGUUCUUCAAGGCCGACCAGGCACCGCUAUAUCCGCUUGGCAUGGGUGCUGUGCUGGGAAGCUACGUCUUGUCGAUGAUCACCAUCGCCAUGUAUGCAACGUACUGCUGGUAUGAGAACCGCAGGCGGGACCGCAUUGACUCUGAUAAGGGUGGAAGGGUGCAUGCAGAUACUGAUUUCCGCGACUUGACCGAUAAGCAAAAUGUGCACUUUCGAUACGUCUGGUGA